ACAGACCUCUAACGAUCCUCUCUCCACCCAGAGUCUGGCCGAAAACUAGGGUUUAAAACCCCCCAAAGUUCAAACUUUUUACCAAAUCCCGGCGAGAUUUCGAUGGUAUCGACAACGGCGGCGGCGGCGGCCGUGGACGCGAUCAGGAGGCGUCCGAGCUGGUGGCAGGAGGUGAAUGAUUCGGCGAUUUGGCAGGACCGAAUUUUUCACGCGCUCGCUGCUCUCUUUGGACUCGUCUCGGCCGUUGCUCUGAUCCAACUUGUUAGGAUUGAAUGUAGAGUUCCAGAGUAUGGUUGGACCACACAGAAGGUCUUUCAUUUGCUCAACUUUGUUGUGAAUGCUGUUCGCGCAGUUGUCUUUGUGUUCCGUCGAAAUGUUCAGCACAUUAAACCUGAGAUCUUUCAGCACAUUAUUCUUGAUAUGCCAAGCCUGCUUUUCUUCACGAGUUAUGCCUUAUUGGUAUUGUUUUGGGCUGAAAUAUACUAUCAGGCGCGUGCGGUGUCGACAGAUGGUCUUAGACCAACCUUCUAUAUGAUUAAUUGCGUGGUGUAUGCUAUACAGGUAGUCCUGUGGAUACUUUUAUGGUGGAAGCCUGUUCAAGUUAUGCUCGUCAUAUCAAAGAUUUACUUUGCAGGUGUCUCAUUGUUUGCUGCCCUUGGCUUUCUUCUCUAUGGUGGGAGGUUAUUUCUGAUGUUGCGACGCUUCCCGGUUGAAUCUAAAGGGAGAAGAAAAAAGUUACAGGAGGUUGGUUAUGUCACUACGAUAUGCUUUUCCUGCUUUCUGGUGAGAUGCAUAAUGAUGUUCUUCAAUGCAUUUGAUAAAGCGGCAAAUCUUGAUGUUCUGAACCAUCCGAUUCUCAACUUCUUGUUUUACAUGCUGGUGGAAAUUCUUCCCUCAUCUCUAGUUCUGUUCAUUUUAAGGAAGCUACCCCCUAAGCGCGGCAUCACACAGUAUCAUCCAAUUCAUUGAUUCAGCAAAAACAAAGCUGAUGUGCUCCUCUUUCUUCUAAAUGCAUAAUGAUAUCCCACGCUUGAUGUUACAUAUUAUUACAAGGAAAACCUGAAUGCAAAAUGGUAUCGGGUUGUUCUACCAGAUGCUGUAGAUGCGGAAAAGUUGUGUAUAAUAUUUUCCUCUGAUAACAACACUAAUCAUGUUUACGGUCUGU